UUUACGCGCCCAGCUUGUGGCAACAGUGGCCCGCCAAAAAAGUCUUCAAGUCCGCCCAGAGCAACAAUUUUUUGACAUUUUCUUGACAUGCUAAUUACUGAGGGGCUAUUUUCCUUCAGUGACAGUGGCAUAUGGAACUUGGGAGCUCUGUGCAAGUGUCUAAGUAACCUUGACAGUGGCAUAUGGAACCUGGGGGCUCUGCGCAAGUGUCUAAGUAACCUAUCGUAACACCCACAACCACGGCAAUGGAUGAGUCGCAAAACAUCCGCUGCUCAUCGCGUAGGAGGAUCCGGCCGGUUGAAUUCUGGAACUUUGAGAAGCCAGAGGACUCGGUCAGUGAGAUCGUCACCUACAAUCAGUCCGAGCUGACGCGGUGCUCAGUCUUCCAGCCUUUCUCCCGCAGCUACCAGGUCACCCCCAAGCGCUCUAAAGGGACAAAGGGAAACCAGACUGCGACACGGAAGAAUGACCACACGACGCUUGAAAAUGUAACUCAUUCUACAAAAUCACAAAGGAAGGAGGGAGAUUCUAGCCACGCAACACUAACUCGGGAAACUACAACACAUUCCUCAAAGUCACAAGGAAAGGAGAAAGAUUCUACUAACCAUGCAAAACGUAUGCUUCAAACUACAUCUCAUUCCGUAACCUCACAAGCAAAGGAGGACUCUAACCUUGCCAGAUCCACCCUUCAUAACACAGCUCACUCCUCUGAACCACAAGGAAAGAAGACAGAAACUAAUGACGCCAGACCUCAUAAUGGAGCUCACACCCUUGCAUCGUUACCAGGGAAAAACAACACAGCACCCACUCUCCCAAAAUCAACUCAUCCCUCGCAGCCAUCAAGGAAACGGAGACUUGAGAACGGAGAGGCAGAGGAGGAGGUCACGAGGCUCACUGAUGAAGACCCAGCACGCCCCGCCAAGCCACCAGGGAAGAGAUCGAGACUCAAAAACAUAGAGGACCAGGAUAAGCUUACAACGCACUCUGAUGAACACACACGUACCAUCAAAUUACCGUCAAAACCUAACAAUCAGGAACCCAUACGGAACACCCAAGGAUUGACUCUCAGUGACGAACAGGGACACAGCUCGAGGUUAUCCAAAGAGAACGGAAAUGUGGGAGAUAAAGAACACUCAAAUGGUGAGGAUUCUGCGAGGGUGGAUGUGGAGGGCGUAACACAUCCACACAAGAAAAGAAAACGGAAACUGGACGGUAACUCAUGGCUUAGCAGUGACAAACCAACAUCCUCGCAGAGUAAAAGGGGAAGGAAGCAGAAGGAGCAUGAGGAACCGCAGACGAAGGACACAGCAAGCAUUCCAACUCCCUCUGGUGAAGGUUUAAAUGGUGAAGUCCCCCCGAUACUUGCAGGGUUGGAUCUGAAGUACUCUAACAAGGAGGGGGACACUACAGCUGGCCUUCCUCCUUCCAGCCCUCCUAGACACCCCACGGGACCUCACCCCACCCCACACACCACCCCACACCAGGCCAGGGACACCACCACAGGCACCCCAAACCUCACCUCUGCAAGGGACAUCACCAGUAACAUCACCAGUAACAUCACUGGCUACGAGCAACCCAGCUUCCAAAAUGUGUUCUCCAGCACUGCUCUCGAUGUUUUCAAGAAGCCACAUCCGCCCUUCCGCCGACGUGCCCCUCCGCUGGCAUUAAAAGUUAGCAGCAUGUUCUUGGACCCCAGCAUGGUGACAAUACCAGAGGAGGAGGAAGAGGACCGGGAGCAGAAGAGGAAGGAGGGGGAGAGGCAGAGGAAGGAAACGGACAAGAAUGGAGAACGGGAGAAAGAGGAAUUGUUGAGGAAGAGAAAGGAGGAAGAGGGGAAGAAUAAGGAGGGUGGGGAAUGGAAGGAGAUGGAGAGGCAGGAGAAAGGAGAACUGCAGAGGAAUAGGAAGAUGCAGGAACAGGAAGAAGAGGAAGAGGAGGAGGAGGAGGAGGAGAGAGAGGAAACGGAGAACCAGCUAAAUAAGAUGAAGGAAGAAGAACAGAGGAAGAGGAAGAACAAACUGGACGAACAAGAAACAGAAAGAAACAAAGAACGGGAGAAGAAGAAAAACGAGGAGAAGGAGGAGGAGGAGAAGGAUGUACGCAAGAAAAAAACCAAGCCAUUGAGUGUUGGCAACAGUGACAUAGGGAGUGACACGGACGACACCACAGCCAGGAGAGUGAACAGUGAUGCCUUACGUAGAGGACCUGCACGAGAGACGCCUUCCGGAGCAGUGCCGUCCGACCCUCCAGACCAAGAGAGGAGAACUAACCCAACGCAAGACAACACGAGAUUGGGAGCUCCACAAAACUGCCGCCGCUCCACACGCGUCCGGAUGCAACCGCUGGAAUUCUGGAACUUCGAGAAGGUGGAGGUGACAAGGCAGGCGGAUGGCGAGGUGCAGAUCAUCCACCAGAAGCAAGAUCCGGACUUUCAGAGCAUCCAGAGCAGGGUGGUGGAUUGCAGUAUGGCUUGUCGGAGUCAGCUGGGCCUUGGGGUGACCUUAACGGCUGACCUCCUGGGAAAUGCACCUUUCUCUAGGGCGCUGAAGGGGAAGAAUAAGGUCAGGAAAACAGGUGUGGGGUCGCCAGUGAAAGACCGUCUCGGAAACGCACCGAAAGAGACCAGGGAUGAGGAAACGAUUCAGGGUCAACCGAGUGAAGAGAGAACGGGAAUCGCGUCUUCCGGGUCACCGAAACGGAAGGACGAUACCGGGAAACCAACUGCGGGGUCUCCUGAUAAACCCAAACGGGGGAACGCAACGCAGUCUGGGGCGGCGAAACGGAAGGACGACACCGGGAAACUAACUGUGGGGUCUCCUGAUAAACCCAAACGGGGGAACGCAACGCAGUCUGGGGCGGCGAAACGGAAAAACAAGUCCGAGAAAUCAACUAAAGCCCCGACUCGUAAAGGAAGACGCAAGAUUUCCCCGAUAAAGUCCACGGGAGAUGGGACCAGUAGGCACCCCGCACUGAGCCCGUCCAGAGCCAAGGGACGGGUCAACGCACAGGAGCUCCUCGCCGCCUGGUCGCCAAAUCGCUCCCCCGUCAAGUCCCCAUCGAAGAGGCAGCUUUUCUCCCCACAAGAUGAUUUCCUCGACACGCCAGUGGAGGAGGAAAGCACGUUCAGGAGGAGGACAAAAGGAGGCAUGAUGGUGGUGCAAAUCAAGAAGUUCAAGGACACUCAGUUCACGGUCAUCGAGAGGUCAACCUACCGAUGCUACCUCGCCCAGGGCCUGCGGAAUGAGAAGGAGUCCAUCUACACCGGGUUCGUCUUCCUGGAGUGGGGUCAGGUCGUUUGGAACACCACGCGCAAGACGACCGUGUAUGUUAUCGAAGGUUUGGGAAGCCUGAAGUGCCUCAACGAAGACUCUGACGCAUCCUUCACCCUCAAGCCAAGGAACACAGUGGAGCUAAAUAAACGGCUGAAGGUGUCGAUCAAGAAGGACGGCAGGUGCAAGUUGCUGAAGCUCCACAUUGUCCUCGGGCCACACCUAUAGGGCUGGGCGAGGCUGUCGGUGAUGGUGCGGGAUUUUUUAAUAUUUUUUUAUCCUUUUCCGUAGUGGAGUCAGUUUGGGGUUGAUUAUUUCCCCCUCGAGUUAGCCCAGUAGUCUUUUUAUUUAUUUUUAUUUUCCUUUAGUGGUGGUGUGUAGAGGGUCAUUAGUUUCCCUUGUAGUUGUUUAGCUAAGUCUCCCAUUAGUCAAGUUUUUAUAUUUCAGUUUUCUUUAGUUUUUCUUUUAUUUUUUGAGUUUUUAUUUGAUUUUUUCCCGUUUUCCUUUACUGGGGGUGUUUCUAGGCUGUCGGUUUACUCCUCCUCCUCCUUCUCCUCUUUCCUAUAUUUCUUACAAGUCUCCCAUUAGUCAAGUUUUUAUAUUUCAGUUUUCUUUAGUUUUUAUUUGAUUUUUUCCCAUUUUCCUUUACUGGUUGCGUUUCCUGGCUGUCGAUUUCCUCCUUCUUCUCCUCUUCUUUCCUAUACUUCCUUAUGAUAUCCUUUCUCUCCUUUCUUUCUCCUCCCUUCCUUCCUUUCUACAUCCUUUCUUCUUUCUUAUACCUCUGUUCUUCUUUUCUACAGCCUUUCUCUUCCUCCUUCUCCUCUUCUUUCCUAUACUUCCUUAUGAUAUCCUUUCUCUCCUUUCUUUCUCCUCCCUUCCUUUCCCUUCUACAUCCUUUCUUCUUCUUUCUUAUACCUCUGUUCUUUUCUACAGCCUUUUUCCUCCUCCUCCUCUUCUUCCUUUCCUUCCUUACACGUCUAUCCUCAUACCUCCCUCCCUUCUUCUUUUCUCACACCUCCCUCUCUUCCCUAUUUUCCCUCUUCCUCUCAUUCACAGCUUCCCGUCUUCCCCCAUCUUCUUUUCUAGUCCUCCUCCUCCUCCUCCUUUCCUUCCUUACACGUCUAUCCUC